GUGAGAAGUUAAAAUGUCAUUCUCUCCUGCAAAAAUAAACUCAUUAAGUUUACAUUCAUUAGUUGUAAAGAAAAAAAUUCCAUUAAUUUUUUUAAAUGGCCGACAAAAGGUCGCAGGCUUCGUCUCCUCAGGCUGUAUCGUAUCUAGAUGGAUCCCAUGCACCAUAUCCAAAUGACCCUCCGGUACCAUACCCUGUAGGCGUACCUCAUCUGCCUUAUUCAACAAAUGACGGACAACAGUGGCAAGCUGGAGCGGUACAGUAUCCAUAUGCGAACUAUAACACCAAUCCUCAUCACAACAACUCCGAUGAUAUCGGUGGUGGGACAGGAGGAGGAGGAGAAAGAUACAUGGAAGAUCAGUUUAUUUCAUCUAAAUUUAGCGACAAAAAUAUCCGUCGUGCAUUUAUUCGUAAGGUAUACGUUACACUUAGCAUCCAGUUGUCGUUCACACUUGCUAUUGUCUGCAUUUUCGUACUUGUCCAACCUGUAAGGAACUGGGUCCGUAGAAAUGCCUGGUUCUACUAUUUAGCCUAUGCAAUAUUCUUCGUCACAUAUCUGGUGCUUGGUUGUAUUGUAAGUGUACGCAGAAAAUUCCCCGGAAAUUACAUAUGCUUAUCUGUAUUUACAUUCGCAUUAUCAUAUAUGGCUGGUGCGAUUGGUGCAUUCUAUGGCGCUGAAGCAGCUUUAAUCGCUGUAGUGCUUACAUUUGCUCUAUGCAUCUGCAUAACAUUAUUCGCAAUGCAAACACGUAUUGAUUUUACAAUGUGCUCUGGCAUGUUAUUUGUAUUUGGAUGCGUCGUCAUGCUAACUGGAAUUGUGUGCAUGAUUGUAUUUUUUGCCGCUGGACCAAAUAAGGUUUUGCAAGGGGUGUAUGGCGGUUUAGUUACACUACUGUUCGGACUAUACUUGGCUUACGAUACGCAACAAAUAAUGGGUGGAAGACAAUUUGAACUUGAGCCGGAAGAGUAUAUAUUUGGUGCUAUGCAACUUUAUGUAGAUGUUGUGUUUAUGUUUAUGGCUAUAGCUGGUAUAGCAAAUGCCGCUUCAUGAAUGAUCUACGCAUAGUGAACUGUUUAGCAAUAAAAUUUCUGGUGAAAAAAUUAUCAUUCUUAUUCAUAUAAGAUUAAUUUUAUUGACUUCUCACAUUUCAAAUUACAGACAUUAGUGACACAUUAACGCAUAAAUGGUGUUUCAUUGAUCUGAAAACGAAAGCAGACAUAAAGAGAAAGACAGAAAACUAAGAUCAUCUUUGUAAAUUUAUUUGUUUAACAGAAGUAAUGAUUAUUGUGCUUCAUUUUGAUUUAUUUGUGGUUAUCUGAAUAAAUAUAAUUUGCAUACAUUAGGAGGUAUUUAUGAAUACAAGCCUAAUAUUCUAUACAGUACUUUUAUAAUAUACUCCGAAAUAACGCUACAGAAACAUACAGAAACACUGACUGACUUCAAAUAGUGCUGAAAAUCCGAAAACGGUCUUAAAAACUUCGAUAAGAG